CGCCGUGCUCGCUCGGCCUUCGGCUGUUUCCGGAGCCACUCGCUGGUGGCGGCGGAGGCGCUCGCGGCGCUGGCUGCAGAUGUCGGAGCGGCAGGCAGCCGGGGGGCCGGCGGGCCGCGCCGGGGAGAGCCCGGGAGUGGAGGGGAGCCAGGCGGCCGCCUCAGAGAAUGAAGAUCUAGAAAACACCAAGGUGACCUCUCUAGUGGCUUCUGCCUCUGAUCCAGAGUCCCAUUCCUCACCCUACAGGCCACAGACGGUAUCUCGAGCGAGUGAGGAUGCCACCGAAGAUCUGCGAAAGACAGCUGGUGCCUUGGAGGCGCAGGCCUUGGUGGAGCAGGAAUCGCUGCCUGCAGACCAGGCCCAGGUCCUCAACAAGAUGGCCAAGUACCAAGUUCCACAAAGGUCCGGGGACAUCGUUAUGAUCCAGUCUGAGCACACAGGAGCUAUAGAUAUCCUUUCAGCUGAUUUGGAAUCUGCAGAUCUCCUGGGGGAUCACAGGAAAGUGUCCCCACCUCUGAUGGCUCCUCCGUGCAUCUGGACCUUUACCAAGAUGAAGGAAUUCAAAAGCAAGCUGGGCAAAGAGAAGAACAGCCGUCUGGUGGUGAAGCGGGGUGAGGUGGUGACCAUCCGGGUACCUACCCAUCCAGAGGGAAAGCGUGUUUGCUGGGAGUUUGCGACUGAUGACUAUGACAUUGGCUUUGGAGUUUAUUUUGACUGGACCCCUGUAACCAGCACUGACAUAACUGUGCAGGUCAGUGAUUCCAGUGAGGAUGAGGAUGAAGAUGAAGAAGAGGAGGAAGAGAUUGAAGACCCUGUCCCAGUUGGAGACGUAGAGAGAGGCUCCAGGAGCUCCCUUCGAGGCCGCUAUGGGGAAGUCAUGCCCGUGUACCGGCGAGACAGCCACCGGGACGUGCAGGCUGGCAGCCACGACUACCCUGGCGAGGGCAUCUACCUGCUCAAGUUCGACAACUCCUACUCCCUGCUCCGCAACAAGACUCUCUACUUCCACAUCUACUACACUAGCUGAAGGCCCGCCGGGACAGGAGGCAGGCGGGUAUUUGCUGGCUGGAGCAGGCUGCCAGCUGGUGCCUCUCGUUUUGGAUAGGCAAGAGCUAAAAGUUGAGCGUGAGGCUCCUGACCCUCACGUCCUGCCUGGCAUGCCUGACUGUUGACCCCAUGUAGCUUUUCCCCCUUCUCGGCUUCUGCAGGUGGUGGUGUAGUGCUCCUGUUCUGUGGUCCUUGACUCACGCUCCUCUUGCUUCAGACUCCGGCCACGUCCCUCCGUGAAGGAGCCCAUUGGGCAAAAGCCUAAAGGGUAGUUGGGUGUUGUCUUUUAAAAAUAGGCUUGUUUUGGUACGAGGUAUUAUUCCAGUUGCUGCUCUCUCCUCUCCCACAGCCUAUAUUGCAGAUGUGUUUAGUGGCACCCAGUCUUCAUCUUUUGAAAGUGCUGGAAGAGGAAAAGCACAUUGUCCAUGAAGGAACCCAGUGUUUUGGACGGAGAAAGCUCUGUCCAGCCUCUCACCACUGCCAUAUUCCCGCCUGCUGGUUCUUCUUGGUCUGUAGCACAGGCCGGGAGCCCUCACUGCCUUUGGAGGGGUGUUAGUAGUCCAGAUUGUUCAACUCCGCCUCGUGCCCUCCUCUUGCCUUUCCCACGCCUGUGUCCUUGCCCUCACGGCAAGAAUGUCCAUGCAGUCUAAGUGACGAUCACGUAGUCUAAGAUCCAGAGGGGAGAAACUGCCUCCAUCACUUCCUGCUUCAAGAGGUAGUGUCCCUUAGCAAGGGUGCUGGCAGUUGAAGGGGAAAGGUGGAAAUUAGGUACUAGAUUGAUCUCAGAAUCCACAUCUUUGCAAGUCAAAUGUUACUGAAUUAUUAUUUUUCGUAUAAUCAAAGAAGGGGUAUAAUCUGAGAGACAAGGUUAAAAAACAGAAACCACUCCAGAUUCCCCACCAUUCUUUUUUAUCUUGAGGGUAGGAGUGUUAUUUAGUAAUUUUUCUUCAGAAACAAUCUGACUUCAAGUUUCUGGAUUUAGGUUUCUUGCAUUGAGGGUUUAAAGCUUUCGGUGUUCGAAGUCUCUUAGAAAAGGUGGUAAUGAAACUUCACUGUUGCUGCUGAUGGGAUUUGUCUUUACCAGGCCAAAGCUUGCAUUUUCUGGGUCACAGCCUUCCCACUGUAUUAGUCAUGAGGCCCAGGAGUGCCACGGGAGGAUAGGGGAGUCAGUAGCCAAAACGGUGGGGUGGCUGGGCCUCGGGCAGAGAGGGGACCACUGUGGUUGUCUGUACCUCCUUGUUUCUUAUUCCUUGUGUUGAGUCUGUUACUGCCUUAGAAUUUUGAGGAAUGAUUCAAUUUAUUUAUUACUUUAUUUAUUUUUUGGCACAUUUCAUUUUUGCCUCUGAGAUACUUUCCAUCUGUUUCUUAGAAGGCUUCUGUCUGCUCUGAGCCAUUUAGGCCUCCUCUUCUGUGGAGUGAGAUGAUGAUUUUAGGAGAAGCUGGGAAGUGAUAAUUCCCUUCCUGCAGGUCAGUCCUAGGAUGCUUUGGGAGGACUCUGCCCUUCUGGGGUGGACGAUGCCACCCUCCCCCAGGAUUCCCUGUGAGGAAUUCCAGGCCGUGAGGGGCCCUGCCCAUUCACCCAGGAUUGAGUGCAGGGGAGUUGACUUGCCAAUCAAGGAUAUCCUAUGAUUCUGGGAUUUCGAAGUCCUUUGCCUGCUCUGAGGAGUCCUCUUCCUCAUGAUGUUUCCUUUGGCUCAUCCCUUUCUUGUGCAGGUGUCUGACACCAAACCUGUCCUCCCUACGGGAGCAGGAACUCGAUCAGGGCUCCUCACGGUAGCACCUGUGUCACCAACAAAGGGCCAUACAGCCUGUACCUUCUCUUCCCCUGGGAGCGAAGCCCCAAGGAGGGUAGGAUGUUGUGGACCGAGCAGCAUCACACCACCAUUGUUUUAUAUUUCAAUGCGUUUUGUAGAGGAUUACACUGGCCAGCGUUUAUCUACCUUGUAAGAAAUUAGAAAUGAUUUUAGGGACUAUCUGUUCGGGCAGCGAAAAGCGAACUCGCUGCACAUCAUCUAAUCGUGAGAUAAACGGAGUGAGCACUCUUUCAGCAUGAAGUUGAAUCCUGCCUUAGCUAAUUGAGUCUAAUCUUUAUAAAAUAAUUUUCUACUGAGCUGUUCUCCAGUCAGCUAAAGCCUUGCUUAUUUAUUUUUCCUGUUUAUUAUUAACUUCUGGCUUUCUCUUAAAAUGGAGCUGUCAGGCCCUAGCAAGCUCCCUGGGACAACAAACACUCUUUAUUUUUGCCAUGAGCAUCUCUGUACUUACUUUCUUUGGCAUCCUGGUUCUGGUGCAUCAGGGAAGCCUGAGGGACCUGUUCCUGUCACCUCCGUGUGCCUCUUUUUGUCUGGUCACUUUUGAAAUCCUGGACAUUGUUACAUUUCACCCUGCACUGGCGUUUCUUUGUUCCAUUAGCACAAAAUGGCUAAAAAGAUAUUUUCGCUGUCUAACCAUUUACUCUUCUCCUAUUAAAUUUCUGCAAUCAUUGAACUGUAGGGACCAAAUAUUAUUUGUGGAAGCACAUGUAAUUACUGAGAAUUUCAUAGCCCAGCGAAUCCUCAGAGAUCAUCCUUUCCUUAAUCUCUCCCUGUCCAAAUUCUUAAAAGCAAACAAUGAAAUCAAAGUCCUCUGCUUCCCCUGUCACCCUAUUCUCUAGAGCACAAAUAAAUACUAACAAACAGAAUUCUGAGAAUGCUUUGUAGUGGGAGAAAGAUAGAAAUUCUCUACACACAGUAGCUGACUUCUUAAAUUUCUUCAGUCUGUUUAGCUUGGCCACUCUGUUGAGAGAUGGGGCUUUUAGAAAGGAGGACAUGUUUAAAGUGUUAAUUUUUUCUAACACUUUUUGAUACAGAAUUUUCAGCAAGCAGAGGACUUAAAAGUAGAGUAAGUGUAACUGUGAUGCUGCUCUGGAAAGACUUUAUUCUAAUCUGUUGCUUUAUGACAGGUCCUCAGGACUCCAGAGUUAAAACUCAAUCCUCAGACAAUGUAUAGCUUUAUAAUGGGAGUAGGUAACAACCUGAAAUAAGGCCAUUCAUGUAUUUUUAAAAUAUUUUUUUAUCUGUUAUUUAGGAAGGGAAACCUCAGACUUUUUUAAAGUACAUAUUGCCCCCUACUACGUGUAUAUGAAAGAGUUAAAUCUGAGAGUUCUCUGUCUUAUGUUUAUCAGUAGGACUCAACAUUAUUGCAAAACUUACCAGUUAUAGAAAAUAUCUGAGUUUUGAUGUUUUUGAUCGGCCCUAUCCAGUUCCUCUUUGGAACAAUUAGGCGAAAACCCAAAUCCUAAAGUCUGUAUCUUUAUAUUUAUUUUUUAAGACCACUUUUCUGCAAAAUGUUGCCUUUUAACCCCAAAGUAUAUGAUUCUAAGGCAUGGAGUUGAGUGACUCUAACAUUUAUGUAAAAGAUGAUUGUUUUAGUGGAGGGAGGGGGAGAGGCGUGAAUGAGUUUUGUGCAGCUUAGGGACUACCUUUUAAAACUGAUAGUAAGGAAGAAAAAGAGAGUAAAAUGAGGGGAAGAGAGAUAAGCUAUCAAAUGCAUCCCAGAGUUUUGCUCAUAUCCCAAUUUUGUUUGUUCUUUAGUCUGUAUUUCAUUAGUUGGAACUGUUGUUGAAGUCAGAAGCCUUGCUGGUCCUCAUUAUGGUUGUUGGAGAAACCUCCAAACCCCUUUUGCUGUCUUUCCCAACAGGAUAGACUCCUUCUGAGUAGGUCUUCUCUACCAAGUGUAAUCCCCUGACCCGAGGCUGGAUUUCAUCUCCGUGUUCUCUGGGCCGUGGAGAAGGAUGGUGAAACUAGAAAGGGGCUGGGAGGAGGUGCAGCUGUGUCUCGGCAGCCCCCGUUGGUUUUGACUUGGCCAAGAAAGGGAUGAAAUCAGUUAAUUUUGACCAACAUCACAGAAGGGCCUCAGGCCACAGGCAUAUGUUUGCGAACCAGCUAUGCCCCUGCAGGCUGACCUCCCUGUGAGGUGUAGGAAUCACUAUCUUCUUUAACCUGUGUGGAAUGGUCACACACAUAGCAGUAAGUGGGACAGUUCUCUCUUUAAAGAGCUUCCAUUUGGAAUUUCUCCUGGGUCUAAAAGGUCCACAUCAGCGUCUUUAACUAGUCUCUUUCCACCUGGCCGCAAGGGUAGAACUCCUGGAAACCUGAAUUUGCUGGAAAAGGAAAAAGCACCAUCCCUAUAGAAUCUCAGCGGUUGAAGAGAGUUGGAAGGUGAGUUUCUGUCUGAAGGAAGGUAAUUUCAUUUCUUUUAUUGUGAGGGGCCGCACAUUAAGGGAUUAAUGCUCUUUAGAGAGCAAGUCAUUGUUUGAAUUGUGUUUGUGCUCAGGAAGCCACGAUGCAUGAUUCUCUGGGAAGUAAGUAGGAAAUGGGUAUCUAGAACCAAUCACAAGCUGGGUGCUCUCCAGUAACCCAGUGUGUGGUGAGCCUCUUUACAGCCAAAGUCCCAGUCUUCAUGCAUGGAAUCCAUUCCUAGGCCCUCAUUUCCACACACCUGAGAGAUAAAGAGGGACUAGGCUCCCUCCAUUUCUCUAUGAUAUCUUGAUUAUUUAUGAUAUUGUUUAGCACUGGCAGUAUGGUAUCCAAGGCCUCUGUUUAUCCGAUUAAUCAUCUAGUGUGAGUUGAGUGGAUAAGGCAGUCAGCCUUGGUUGGAAGUAGGACUGGGGAAGGAUUAUGACUUAUAGUCCCAUAUUGGGAUAGCUGAGUUACUGGUGUAUGACUAUACAAUCAUCAGUUGGAACUCUUGUUAACCUUACCAAGUGAAUGAAGAGGAUAUGCCAUUGGGAUACUGAUGAAGACAACAAGUUAAUUGAGUCGAGUAAUAACUAGAGCAAGCCCUCCUUCUCUGGGAACUAUGUGUGUCACAGGUUAUAAAUGCAAUUGUAGUGUGAGUUUGCAGCUCCUCCGUGUUCUCAGAAGGAGAGGAACCCCCUGGAAGUUGGGUCCUGGUGGGCAGUUUUCUGGAGAUGGGGGAGGCAUCCAGGAGAAAACUGCUUUGGCUUAGUUGGUACCUGGUGAUGGUCGGUGUUACCCCUUUGCUCUGUCUAACCCAUCUAGCAUCUGUGAGCACUUCUUUGGCCUCUACCCACUUAUUUAGAUUCUGAGGUUAGGGCAGGAUUUGGGACCCAGAGGGUGAGAGAAGCUUUGCUAAGUAUUAUGUGACCAGAUUUCAUUGCUCCUGCCUGAACCAUGAAGGCCACACAAACCCCUGCUGUUUGAAUCGCUUGUCACUAAGCUAAGAAAACCCAGUGGCCCAAGGCCUGAUGGGGUUCAUUUAUAAAUAGUUAUUCCUUCACAAACGAAGUCCACAUGUAAGAUGCUGGCUUUGAAAUUAUUUGUGGUUCUGGUCACUGGUUUGAACUCAUGAUCUGAUUACCAUUAUACAUACUUUGAUUUCUUUUAGGUCCCAGGCAUGUGGACCGGGUUAAUUUCAUGGCUCUUCCUUACUCUAAGAUGUGAGGAGAAAGUGCCCCAGAAAUACAGAUAUACAGGCUUCCUUAUUAGAUUCCACAGUUUUCUGUCACUUAAAGUACUUAUCUAAGGGUAAAAUAAUAUAUGUGAAAUGACUUCCAGGGGACAAAGUGCAUUUUCUAAAAGUUCUGAUAUAGGGUCAUGAACAAGUCUGAAGUUUAGGUUUGGGAUAUUCUAGCAUAUAGGGUUCCAGAAGAGCCCUUAGCCAACAGUUUAAAGAGUUCUCUUCCUGAACUCACUUCUUCACUCAGGUUUGAAAUAUCUCUGUGUAAAAUGUUCCUUGUUAUUGUUAUUGUUAUUGUUGAUUUUUAGGUUCAGGCUGACAGUUGUCUGGAAAACAUUAUCUUAAUUCCUUCUCUCACAUCCUAAGUAGUACAUUGUACUAAGAAAUUACAUGUUAAAAACUCUACUGACCUCCAUUUCUGAGAUUAUUGUCCCAUAAAUGAAGUUGUUUUAAUUUAAUCAAGUUGAAUUAUGUCCAUUUAGCCAUGUUCAAGAGCAAGUGUGAAGUCUAGAGAAAGCAGUCCUGUAACCCAUGGACUCUGGUGUGCCCAUUUGCCCUUAAUAAUGGGAAACAUUUUGAAAUUCCCAGAAGAAAGUUGCUUUGUAAUCAAAGGGAUGGAUUAUGAGAAAGCCAGACUUUGGGGAAGGAUAACUGGGAUAGAGGGAGGUGCUUGCAGAUUUCCUAAACUACUUUAUGCCAUUUAACUUAUAUUUCUGAAAGGCCUGCUUUGGUGCUGUGCACUGAGAUCUGUCCAUUGAAUGAAAGAUGAUGAUGCUUUCUUGGCAAAUUGGCAACCACAAAGGCGUCCUUUCCUUAUUCUAUAUCAUGCUUUGACGCUGAUGUUACAAAAGGGGUCUGAAAGGGAAACAGUCUUUUCUUUAAAGUAUAAAAGUAGCCCAACCAAUCAUUUAUUGCAGUCAUCUUGUUGUACAUGUUCUGUAUCAUGAGAAAUGCUGUCAACAGAUCCUAUGAUUUCUAAGAGCUCUGUACCAAAUUGUUACUCAAUCGUUGUGUCCUGCUGAGUGGUUUUUCCUUUAAAAUACCUUCUCUUACCACCCUGUGGCACUGAAUUUGUUGCUGUGAUACACAGAUGAUCCUGAGCUGUGGUUCUUUAAAUAGCUCAGUUCUUGUGUUUUUAUAUUCCGUAACUGUUUUGUGAAGCUUUUGUGCAUUCUUUGUCUUCUCUUCCAAGUUUUGAAAUCUGUCCUAAAUAAACUUUUUCACUAUGCACCUGAAA